AUGAAUUUAACGACACGUUGGGUUCAGUUUGUAGUGACCGUACUUGCUGUGCCAGCGGUCGCGGGUUCGAGUCCCGCUGGGGGCAUUCAUUUGUGUGAUGAGCACGAAUCAACAAACGUAACUAAUACGAAGGUAGCGAGCGAGUCGGCCCGCCGGGGCCUGCCGGGGCCCGCCAGGGCCCCCCAGGGCCUGCCGGGGCCGGCUAGGGCUCGCCAGACGCCGUCAGCGGCCGCCAGAGGCUACGCUUCACUUACAAUACGCAACAAGAGAGUGGGAGUGAGUGGGAGUGAGAGUGAGAGAGAGAAAGAGAAAUACCAGAUGGAAUGUCUCGAGCAGUUUGUGAAACAUUGUAAAGAACAAAUCAAACUGAAACAACAACGAAGGGAGACGAAACGAGGAGCGAAAGAGACAGCCAGAGACCGGGACCGGUCCCGGCGCGGCGCGGCUCCCGUCCCGAUAAGUUACAGCUACACUCAGCCG